AUGUUCGUCGCACGAAACUUUGCCCGCUCGGCGCCUCGCCAGGCCUUUGCCCGCGCUCCUGCUCGCGCCGGCCGCCGCACCUACAGCUCCGAGAGCCCCAAGCAGUUUGCCGGAGCCGAAGACAACGAAUUCAACCGCGAGCGUGCCUACAUUGCACAGCACGCUGCUGAGUCUGGAGAGCUCUGGCGCAAGCUGUCGCUAUACGUCGCCGUACCCUGCAUCAUCGUUGCCAGUGUCAACGCAAAGAUUAGGUGGGACGCCCAUUGGGAGCACGUCGCCCACGAGGAGCACGAGAACCCGCGCUCAGAGAGGCCUGAGUACCCCUACCAGAACCUCCGCACCAAGAACUACUUCUGGGGAGACGGUGACAAGACCCUCUUCUGGAACGACAAGGUCAACUACCACAAGAAGGACGAGUAA